AUAACGAGAAGAUAACAAGCAAUACCCAAACCACUGAAUAAAAUCGUCUUUCCUUCUCUCCUCUUUCUUCCUCAUCAACUCCCAGAAACGCAAACUACGAAUCAGGCAAAUCCACGAAGCACAUGUUAUCGCUAUGUGUUCAAUCCACUACGGUUUACUCCGGGGCUUGUUCUCCCUCAUUCAACCCCAACCACGACUACCCACGUCGCCGAUUGCCUUCUCAAUUCAGACUCCGACACCGACGAAGUAAUGUCCAUGUGUUCUCUAUCGAUCAAAAUGGUUACUUCCAAACCAAUGUUAAGGUUCAGUACGACAGUUCGAAGAAUCUGAGAACGUUGUUUCCCGGAGGUUAUAAGCGGCCGGAGAUCAAAGUUCCUAGCCUCGUGCUGAAACUGAGCACUGAUGAGUUACUCAAGGAUAAGACUGCAUUGGAUAAGGUUGAUGAAGCGGUGGCUAAAAGCAGCGUUGGGGUUGUUCUGCUUGAUGGAGGGGAUAGCAGCGGAGGGAAGUUAUAUGAGGCGGCGUGUUUGCUCAAGUCGGUGAUUAGGGAUAGGGCGUAUCUGGUUAUUAACGAACGAGUUGAUAUAGCGGCUGCUAUCGGUGCUAGUGGGGUUGUGCUCUCUGAUCAAGGUCUUCCCACUAUUGUGGCGAGGAAAACAAUGCUGGAUUCAAGAUCCGGGUCGGUUGUUCUUCCUCUGGUGGCGAGAACUGUGCAGACUUCUAGUGAUGCUCUAAGAGCUUCUAGUGCUGAAGGGGCAGACUUCCUCAUAUAUAGUAUUGAUGCACAGAAUCAAGCUGAUGAGCUUGCUAAGUCUGUUUUGAACAGUGUAAAUGUUCCAAUAUUUGUCGCUGGUGCUUCAUUUGGAGUUGAUAUUUUACAUUCCGAGGGAGCUAAGCUGCUCAAAGAAGGGGCUAGCGGUUUUGUGGUGUCAUUGCUUGAGUUAGAAUUUUUGUCUGGUGGGGUGCUUAAUAGUUUGUUUCUAUCAACAUAUCCAUCAAAUAAAGGAGAACUUCCUGAAAGCUCUGAUAAGCUAAAAUUGCUGGAUGCGGGAAAUGGGUUGCCAAUGACAAAAGGUAUUGCUGGAUUCAGUAACUUAGAGGAGAACGAAAAACUACUUCUAGAACAAGAGAAACUGGUAUUGCUUGAAGCAACAGAUAUAAUCCGCAGAGCUGCACCACUGAUGGGGGAGGUGUCACUUCUAAUCGAUGCUGUCUCGCAGCUGGAUGAGCCAUUUUUGCUGGUUAUAGUGGGAGAAUUUAAUUCUGGAAAAUCAACAGUAAUUAAUGCACUUCUUGGGAACAAAUAUUUGGAAGAUGGAGUUGUUCCUACAACAAAUGAGAUCAUGUUCUUGAAUUAUUCUGAAAGUGAGUCUACUAAUCAACAACGUUGUGAAAGGCAUCCAGAUGGGCAACUAAUCUGUUACUUACCUGCACUUAUUCUUAAAGAUAUGAAUAUAGUUGACACACCUGGAACAAAUGUGAUUCUUCAAAGGCAACAGCGCCUCACUGAGGAAUUUGUGCCACGUGCAGAUUUGCUUCUUUUUAUUAUGUCUGCUGAUCGCCCUCUAACUGAAAGCGAGGUUGACUUUCUUCACUAUACUCAGAAGUGGAAGAAGAAAUCUGUGUUUGUGCUGAAUAAAUCUGAUCUUUACCAGAAUGCUAGUGAGCUAGAGGAAGCUGUUUCUUUCAUAAAGGAGAAUGCCCGGAAGUUGUUGAACACAGAAGAUGUAAUACUGUAUCCUGUAUCUGCGCGGUCUGCUCUUGAAGCGAAGCUCUUAGCUUCCUCCUUAGAUCAUGAAGAUGGCCAACAGUUGAGUACUAAUCCCGAUUGGAGAGUUAGUAGCUUUUCUGAACUCGAAAAGUUCUUGUACAGCUUUUUAGACGGGUCAACUGAUACGGGAAUCGAAAGAAUGAAACUUAAGCUAGAAACUCCUAUUGGUAUAGCAGAACAGUUACUCUGUGCUUGUCAGAAUCUUGUAGAUCAACAAUUUGAAGAUGCCAAGCAGGAUUUGGACUCAAUACAUGAAUUAAUUGAUGGAGUGAAAGAUUAUACAAGGAAUGUUGAAAAUGAGAGCCUGUCUUGGAAAAAACAAGCUUCAUCACUGAUUACGAGUACUCAGGAACGGGUGUUGAAGCUUAUACAAUCCACUCUACAAAUUUCAAAUCUUAAUCUCGUCACAACAUAUGUUUUCAGAGAUACAUCUUCUCCAAUGCCAGUUACAUCAAGAUUCCAAGAUGAUAUUGUAGCUCCUGCUAUAUCUGAUGCACAAAAAUUGCUUGGAGAAUAUGUGGCAUGGCUAGAAUCAAAAAAUUCUCUAGAAAAAAAGUUAUACAAGGAAACACUCGAGAAAAGAUGGCCUUCAUUUGUUGAUCUACAUGGAAGUACUCAAAUUGAAGCUGGCGGGCUGCAGCUUGUGGGAGAUUAUGAACUCAGCAUAAACGUUAUAAGGAAGUUUAGUGAUGACGUCCUUUCAAAACUCUUUGAGCAAGAAAUCCGUGAAGUGUUUCUAGAAACAUUUGGAGGCCUAGGUGCAGCUGGUUUGUCUGCUUCCCUUCUGACGUCUGUUCUACCAACUACAUUGGAAGAUCUUCUUGCCCUUGCCCUUUGUUCUGCUGGAGGAUUGUUAUCGAUUUCAAAUUUUCCCACCCGUAGACAGAAGAUGGUAGACAAAGUAAAAAAAGUUGUCAACAGUUUGACCAUUGAACUUGAAGACGCAAUGCAAAAGGAUCUGGUGGAGAGCAGUAAGACUGUUGAAGAGUUUGUAAAAGUGAUUGGCAAACCGUAUCAGGAAGCAGCACAAAGUAGACUAGAUAAGUUUUUGGAGACUCAAGGUAAGUUGACUGAUAUCGCAAAUAAGAUCAAAACAUUGCAGGUUGAAAUCCAAAAUCUCCAUAUUUCAUGAUAUAAUUAAUUAGUGACUUGUAUGUUAUUCUUCUUUGAAGCCUUCAUUUAUUUCCCUACAUUAUUGUAACAAAAAAUAUAUAUAAAUAUAUCUUUUCCAGACUCA